AGUUUGGCUCGAGCCAACGAUUCGCUCCGAGCACGCCAUGCAGCGCCCGGUCUUGCUGGGGGGGAAGCUCAGAGGCUGCGAAGUGCUCAACAAGGCCAAACCUGAGCAGUUGAGGUCCUUAUCUGCCUCAGGCCUCAAGGUGGAAUUGCUGGCCACUCCCCGAGGCUUCGCUGGCUUCGGCGGUUUCCACACCUCGAUCCUGCUCGAGGGUGAGGAAUAUUUCUUCUGCUCCACGGGCAUCCGAUGCUCCUCCAACGUCUUGAGCCACCCUGCCUACGAUGAGGCCGUGCGAAUCAAGGUAGGCACCAGCAAGGCCACGGGGCAGGAGCUCUUGAACUUCAUGUCCGAGCACUUCACGCCUGGCAGUUAUGACUUCUUGAGGAAGAACUGCAAUUCCUUCACCGACUGCGCCUUAUACUUCCUUUGUCAGAAGCGUUUGGAUUUGCGCUACCGGGCCAUGGAGAAGUUGGGCUGGAUGGCCGAAAGUCAGACCGGACUGUUGCACUCCAUCAGCGAGGGCGAAUACACCGCGAACCCCGCCGCUGAAGGGUUCAACGUCGAGGAGAUCUUGGAAGAGAUCGCAGAACUCUGGGAUUGCGAGGAGGAGAGUGAGCCGGAAGCGCCCAGCUGUGGCUACGCCUUCACGACCGUCGCAGCGCCGACGGUGAGCUGUUGGCCACCCAUGCUCUACCAGAGGUAAGCAGCCUUUUGAAGGCGACGACCCCACCCGCCGCGGUGCCCGCGGCCCGGCCGUCGCCGGCCCGAGGUGACAGGGCGUACCCAAUGUUUGGUCGCCCAGCCGGUCAGGACCAGCCAUGUGAUCCUUCAAACAGCAGC